AUGUCCGCCUCAACAAACUUUAACUUCCCCUCCCACCCCACCUCCCGCUCUCACGCCCUCCAAAUCGUCCAAGGCACUCGCGCCCUGGAACAAUCUCCACCUCUCGCCUCUUCCCACCAGUCUUCCUCAAAGUCCUCACCCAAGAAGAAGAACCACCACUACGCCGAAUCCACCACCUCAACAUCCAGUUUCUCCAGCCGAACCAGUCUCCUCAAGGACAAAUUCCACUCCACUUUUGGAUCUUCUUCUUCUUCGUCACCGUCUUCGUCUUCAGACAGCAGCAAGAGCAAGAGCAACAGCAAGUCCAUGAUUUCGAGACGAGCAGCGGCAUGGGGAAGUGGCAAGCGGUUUGGCUUGAUUACCCUAUGGGCAGGUCAGAUCGUUCAAAGUAUCGAUAGCGAGUAUGGACAAUGA